UGGACUGUCACAAACAAUAUAUCACUCCUUUUAAUCAACAACACAACACAAGUCUAAAAAAACCAGCCUUAAGUCCCAAGUCCCAAUUCCCACAUACCCAAAUGAAAACAGAAAGUAGUUGUAAUAAUACAAACAAUGAAAUCCAAACAGAUCAUAAGAAUCAUCAUCAACAAGAAGAACAAGAAUUAAGGAGAGGGCCAUGGACACUUGAAGAAGAUACUUUACUCAUUCAUUAUGUUGCAUGUCAUGGUGAAGGUCGCUGGAAUCUUUUGGCUAAAUCUGCUGGAUUGAAAAGAACAGGGAAAAGUUGCAGAUUAAGAUGGCUUAAUUAUUUAAAACCAGAUAUUAAGCGUGGAAAUCUUAGCCCACAAGAACAACUGUUAAUCCUCGAACUCCAUUCUAAGUGGGGUAACAGAUGGUCGAAAAUAGCGGCGCACCUACCAGGAAGAACAGACAACGAGAUUAAAAACUAUUGGCGAACACGGGUGCAAAAACAAGCAAGACAAUUAAACAUGGAAUCCAAUAGCCAAAGUUUCAUAGAUGCAAUAAGAUGUUUUUACAUGCCAAGACUAGUUGAAAAAAUAGAACAAAAUUCAAGUGAUGAUGAAAUAAUAUCUGUAAGUCCUGAUAAUCAAUCACAAAUUAUAUUAUCAAAUAAUUCAAUAUUAGUAGACUCAAACGCCAGCCUGUCAUAUCAACAUCAACAACACCCAACAAGCAGUAAGAGCAGUCCCUUAGUACUAGAUGAUCAUGAGCCUGGUCAUAGCUGUGCUUAUGACGUGGACAUGAGUGCUUCCAUGCCAUUAUCUGAUGUUCCAUUCGAUGGAUGCCACGUGGAGAGGAAUGAUUGGAUAGGGAAUGACAUGGCUGGGGAUACCAUGUGGGAUUUGGAUGAGUUAUGGCAAUUUAGGAAGUAGGGGCCUAAUUCUUUCUAAAUGAAAGCCGCCUCUUUUUUACAUGGGCUUUUAUUUCGUGUUUAGUCUAUCUUUGAGUUUGCUAUUAUGAAUAGUAUUUUAUUUUUAUAAUAUGUUAUUUUCAGUAGCAAACUUAAAAAAAUAGGGUAGUAGUAUUACUAUCAGGGAGUACAUUGUACGCUAUAUAAAUGUAUGUAUUUUUUUUUUUUGAACUUGGAACUAUGAAUAGUCUUUUUGGAUUAUAAAUGUAUGUAAAUACAAUGUUUUGAUUUUCUAGGUGUGCAUACCCAAGUUUUAUGGGUUAAAUGUUGUUAACUAUACCAAAGUAUAGUAGUAAGUACUUCUAUUAGUGAUAUAAAUAUAUAUUUAUUUGAAUUUCCCAUAAA